AUGUUUCAGUUGCCAAUUUUGAAUUUCAGUCCCCAGCAGGUAGCUGGGGUAUGCGAGACUUUGGAAGAGAGCGGAGACAUCGAGCGUCUCGGCCGAUUCCUUUGGUCGCUGCCCGUCGCGCCCGCUGCCUGCGAGGUGCUGAACCGAAAUGAGUCUGUGCUGCGGGCUCGAGCCAUCGUAGCCUUCCACACUGGGAAUUUCCGUGAGCUUUACCACAUUCUUGAGAACCACAAGUUCACCAAAGAGUCCCACUCCAAACUGCAAGCACUUUGGCUGGAGUCACACUACCAGGAGGCAGAGAAGCUCCGAGGCCGCCCGCUAGGACCAGUGGACAAAUACCGGGUACGGAAGAAGUUCCCCCUGCCUAAAACUAUUUGGGAUGGAGAACAAAAGACGCACUGCUUUAAAGAAAGGACCCGACAUUUACUUCGAGAAUGGUACCUCCAGGAUCCUUAUCCGAACCCAAGUAAAAAAAGAGAGCUUGCACAAGCUACGGGACUCACUCCCACUCAAGUGGGGAAUUGGUUUAAAAAUCGAAGACAAAGGGACAGAGCCGCGGCCGCAAAAAACAGGUUACAACAGCAGGUGUUGUCGAACGGCUCGGUUCGGUCCUUAAGUGGAGAGGAUGGUGCUGUAGACCGACUGGGGAAUGCGUCAAGCCCUGAAGCGAGCCUGUCCAGCAAAGCCGCUGCGUCGGCGAUCUCCAUCACUUCAAGUGACAGCGAAUGUGACAUCUAA